AUGUCGUUUUGUCAACUGGCUCCAGCGUGUAACAACUUAUAUUCAGCAUGUCAAACAUCUUACUCUACUCAAAAUUUAACAACUUAUCUUGGCAAUUAUUCCACAUCUGUUUUUAAGGCUAGAGAAACAGGAGAAGGAUUUAAUGCCGAAUUUCCGGCUGGUCCAUUAUAUAAUGACACAAAAUCAUGUAUACCAAGUUUCAAAGUCGAGUUUUUGUGCAAUAAUAGUGCGGUGUGGCUUGCACCUGUUGGUGGUAUGGCUAAAGCACCAGCACCAACUAAUUUGGUUAUUGGUAAUGGUGAAAAUCCAUGCGCAAUUACAGCUACAUUUCAUUAUUCGGGUGCGUGUUAUGAAAAGCCUGCACCGCCAAAGAAACCCAAUAGAAUGAGUGGAGGUGCGGUUAUAUUAAUCAUUGUAUUAGUUGUUGUUUGUGUUUAUUUAAUUGGUGGAAUUGCGUAUAAUUCAUUUGUUGCACAUCGAUCCGGCAUUCAACUUAUUCCACAUGCACAAUUUUGGCUAAAACUGCCCUUUUAUGCUAUUGAAGGGUGUCGUUUUUCUGUAGGAAAAUUAACCGGUCAGCAACGGGCGGGUGCGGGCGCCUAUCAAUCGGUGUAA